AUGCAAGAAAGCUCGGUACAACUGGGCGAUGGACCUGGCGAGGAAACCAUCGAGCGAAGGGAAAGUACCAAGAGUAGGAGGUCACAAAUAUCUCAAAUACGCUUGCAACGGAAAAGUAAAACUGGGUCUAUGGCCUCUGGCCGGUUCGUCGGACCUAUUACGGACUAUCCUACUGUAUUGGUUGAUCGGGAUGGUAUCGAAAUGGAUGAUUUGGAAUCAAUUGCUGGAGACCAGCAGGACCUCCCGGAAGAAAUGGAGAUGAUGGCGGAACAG